UUUUCUUGGAUUUUCUCGCCCGUGACAAUCGACGACAAGGUCGACAAGAUGGCAAGUUACAAGUUGGUGUGACUUGUGCCAAUUCAUUGAUUGCAAACGAUGAUGCACAUCGAUCCGCGCGACACUGACGUCGACAGCACGCGCUCCUCUGUCGACAACGUCGAGUAUGUCGUCGAGAAGAAGGAAGCCCCGCCGACGCAUCGUGCGUCGCCGCUCCUGUGCAACGACAUUCUAUUUCUCAUCGCGUUCCUUGCGAUUGUCGGGAUGACGGUGGUGUUUGCCAUUCAGUUCGGUCCCAAUUUUAUCCAGGAAACGCAGAUCCGAGACGACCCCAACACGACAGGAUUCAAGAAGGUCCUCCACUACGCGGCCAUGUGUGGUGCAGCGUCCAUCGGAAUCUCUCUCGCGUGGAUAGUCACCAUGAUGUUCCUGGGGGAGUUUGUCAUUUGGGCGUCGCUGCUUUUCAUGAUCGGAGCUUGUGCGUUUGCCGCAAUCUUCAUGACCAAGAAACUGCAUGAACGCGAAGCCAAAGUGUACUGGUGGCCUGCCCCUGUGUUUGGGCUGUUGGCGCUCCUCAUCAUGUUGUAUGCAGUCUGCAUCCGCAAACGUGUCAAAUUCGCAGCCGUGCACCUGAAAAUCGCCGGCAGUGCCCUCUUCCGACUCCCAAUGACGAUUCUAGUCGCCCUCGUCAUGGUGACGGUGCAACUGGGUUGGGCGAUCACGUGGUUCUUGGGCGCGUACGGUCUCUUUGACCAUCUCGAGUACAUCCGGCCAAACCAACAUUGCGCGGAUCCCAACUCGACGGGCAAAUGUAAACUCCACGUCAAGUAUGGUCCGAUCAUCGGCCUGUCGCUGCCAAUGCUUGUCGUUUUCUUUUGGGGAGCCAUGGUCGUCAAGAACAUUGUGGCGGUGACGGUGGCCGGCACCGUGGCCGCGUGGAAGGUGAACGCAAGCACGCCACUCAUCACCCUUGGUGCAUGGAGUCGUGCCAUGACGUUGAGUUUGGGCAGCAUCUGCUUCGGGUCGUUGGUCGUCGCGAUCUUGGAAGCGAUUCAAACGGUGCUCAACACGAUUUCAAUGAUUGCUGCGCGCAGCGGGAACUGCGUGGCCGCGUGCAUCGUGGGCUGCUUGGCGUGCUGUCUCGGGUGCAUCAAGAACAUGGUGGAAACGUUCAACCGAUACGCGUACGCCUACAUUGGCAUCCACGGCUACAGCUUCCUCAAGGCCGGUCGACAGGUGUCGCAACUGUUUCACAGCAAGGGGUGGUCGGGGGUCGUCAACGACGACUUGACGCAAAAGGUGUUUUGGCUUGGGAACGUCGUUGUCGGAGGCCUCACGUGCUUUUUGGCCGUGACUGUUGUCGCCGAUCAAGUGGAAAACAGCUCGUUUCAAUUCCCAGGCGUCAAGCGCCCCGAGUACAUGGUCGGGUUUGUCGCCUUCCUGAUCGGGUACAUCGUGAACAACCUGUUUAUGUCGCUCAUGGGCGGCGCGGUCACGACGAUCUUUGUGCUGUGGGCAGAAGACCCACUGGGGUGGUCACUCACCCAGCCCAAGCACUACGCGGCGUUGCACAACGCGUGGAUCCAAAUUUACCCGAACGAGUACAACCAUGGCCAAGGAGCACCGACGUCGGGCCUCGGUGGCAAGCCCGAUCCACGCGCUACGCUUUAGCAGCAAUUGGCGAGCUGUCAUUUAUUCGAUGCUGCAUUUUGGUGACAAUCGUCCGCCUGAAUAAUGCAUACGUCGUGUUCAUGCUUGAACUCGAUGCACAAUACAAAAGAGAAGCGGAGGUCAAGGGAAUGGGAAU